GGUAUCCCGACAGUAGUUACGUGCGAACUGUUCAUCCGGUCGAUCGGCUCCAUAAACCCGGAGUCCAUGGACUAUGAGGUGGACCUGUAUUUGCGGCAGAGAUGGUACGACCAGAGGCUGAUGACUGGGAACGGGUCGCGGGCUCUGGACCUAAACGACCCAAAGUUAGUGCAAAUGAUUUGGAAACCGGAGGUCUUCUUCGCCAACGCCAAGACCGCGGAGUUUCAGUACGUCACGGUCCCCAACGUACUCGUCCGGCUGGACACCGGGGGGUCCAUACUCUAUAUGCUCAGGCUAAAACUACGGUUUUCAUGUAUGAUGGACUUAUACCGAUACCCAAUGGACGCACAAAUAUGUGGUAUAGAGUUGGCCUCAUUUUCAAAGACGACAACUGAGCUGAACCUGAAGUGGUCGGACAUAUCACCCGUGAAACUGUACGACAAACUAAAAUUACCCCAAUUUCUCAUCACUAAU